ACAUGUCCAACAAUCCCCGAUUCUACAAAACCCGACCGAAAUCGAACUCUUCUUCGAAAGUAUCGUGAGCCUAGGUGAAGGAACCCCGGAGAAAUACAAUAUGGCUCGAUUAUCAUCGGCGUCACCAUUUACCGCCGGCGGCGCAUCCCCCGAGAAGGGCGCGGCCGAGCUCAACCAACUCUUACGACGACUCGACCAUGCGAUCCUCCAUGCCGAUCAGAGCCGUGAGCGCAGGCUACGGGCUAGCGAAUUUGAGCGAGCGAGAUUGAACUCGAACCUCGAAUAUGCCCGAAGUCUUCUUACCAGAGUAGAGCAGGAGGCGCUGCACGUCAAACUGCUCUCCCGGAGGCAAGACAUGCAGGUCGACCUGAACCGUAAACGCGAACUUCUCGAAAGACUGGUGGACAGGAUGCAUGAUCUUGAACAGUUACACGAGGAUGAGGAUGACAACAGUUCAGAUGGAGAGGACGUCCUGGCCGAUAUCAUUCCCACACCGAGCGAGAGCAUGGACUCGCGGUCAACAGACAUACCCACAGACAACACCCCCGAAGACGACGACGACGAUGAACCAGAAAUACCGGACCUGCCGCCACCAGUAACGGCUGUCCCCAGAGAACCGUCAGAGGCGCCAACGGCACCAGCACGAUCAGCAACAGAACCAUCACCAGCGCCGCAAACACACUCCACCCCUGACGCGGGCACAACCACAACGCAGACCCUCCGCUCCCGCGGCCCAGCAGCCCGCCCAGACUCACCCUCAGCGACAACGACAGCCACAGCUCGCGCGGCUCUCUUCGCUUCCCGCCGCUCCAACACCAUGAAGUCUUCGGCCUCCGGGCCCGCGUCGUCGACGGCGACGGCCGAGGCGAUCCUGGACCACCAGCGCGCGGAGCAGGACGCGCUCUCCGAGUCGAUCCUCAAGAUGGCCAGCGCGCUCAAGGCCAGCUCGCAGAAGUUCUCGAGCACCCUCGAGCAGGACAAGGGCGUAGUGUCGCGCGCGGCGGACGGGAUGGAUAAGACGGAGAGGUCGAUGGACGCCGCGAGCCGGCGGAUGGGCACGCUGCGGAAGAUGACGGAGGGGAAAGGAUGGUGGGGGAGGAUGAUUUUGUAUGCUUGGGUGUACGGGCUCAUGGUCGCCUUGAUUCUCUUGGUGUUUGUGAUGCCGAAGCUGAGGUUUUGAGGCAUAUGGUGCGGUAGGUACGAAAGACCUGGUACCUGUUCUGCGCGAUUCAGGACGUUUUGGCAACAUGUCUACAGGGGCGUUGGGAUAACAAAGGUGGGCUCCGCCCGUGAAUUUGGAUGCGAGGGGGCAUGGCAUAAGCGGCACUAUCAAAUGCAACGAUGAUACUUUUUUCCCUCCCUCUUUUGAUUCAACGUAUUUGCUCAUUCUAUCCCGUCAUGUCUGCUGAUAUAUAUUAGACUGCCCCUAUGCCCCGAAACUCCUUCACAAACCAAUCCAAGCCACAUACAUCGCAAAAGCCAGCACACCGAGCCCCCGAACGAUGCCGCCCUGCCCAUUCCCCCUCGACGCCGACUGUUCGAGCGCCAUCGCAGGCGAAGGCGAGGGAUCAGGGAUCCCGAACGUUGACGUCUUGAUCGGUCUACUCGUCGCAGACGCCGAGGGUGUGGCGGUCGUUGGGGUAGCGCAGGAUUUCGCAGACGCAAUCUGGGGCCUGGACGUAGCCGAAGGCGAAGACGACGACGAUGUUGACGAUGACGGUGGCGGUAGCGGGUCCGUGAUGAAGGUCGGCCACGUAUUCGACGCGAGGGUCUGGACGGAUUUCGUCUUGAAGUCGGCGCCGAAGCAGGCUAGGCCGGUUCUCUGGCUUUCGCCUGAGCCGCGGAGGAGGGUGCCGCAGACGGGGCUUUCUAUGUUGCUUGAAGAGAAGAGGUUGUGUUAGUGUGUCCGAUAUGAAAUUGAAAUCAGAAAAGGGG